GGGCGCGCGCGCCAGGACGGAAGGAAGGAGGAAGGGAAGGGCCGCCAUCUUGUUGUCGCGUCGCCGCCGCCGCCAUAGUCCGAGCGGAGCCACGGCCGACGGGCUGCGAGACAGGCCGACCCGGAGUGGGAAGCGAGCGCGGCCGCCAGGCAGGCAGGUUGAAGUGAGUAGAUUGGACCGGACUCAAGUGUGUUAGAAGACUUUUUAAAAAGUUGUUCCACAGUGCAUCAGUGCAAGUGACUGGUUUAUCUUGAGUGACUUUACAGGUGCUUGCCUGCGUUGCAAUAAGAGACUCAUAUAUUGAGCAGGACCUAAUUUAUCUCUUCAUCUUGGAGAGUCUAAUAAACUAUUACUCUUUCCGUACUCACAACUGUUUGGAAGUUGAAAGACAUUUAAAAGGCAAACAUGAGUACGGCCAGAACAGAGAACCCUGUUAUAAUGGGUCUCUCCAGUCAAAAUGGACAGCUGAGGGGCCCAGUAAAACCUGGUGGUGGUCCAGGAAGCGGGGGGACACAGGCUCAGCAACAGAUAAACCAGCUGAAACAUCCCAACACAAUCAACAAUGGCACUCAGCAGCAAGCACAGAGCAUGGCCUCCACUAUCAAACCUGGCGAUGACUGGAAGAAGACUUUAAAGCUCCCUCCGAAAGACCUGAGAAUCAAAACGUCGGAUGUGACGUCAACAAAAGGAAAUGAGUUUGAAGAUUAUUGUCUGAAGCGGGAGUUGCUGAUGGGAAUUUUUGAAAUGGGCUGGGAAAAGCCAUCUCCUAUUCAGGAGGAGAGCAUUCCUAUUGCUUUGUCUGGAAGGGACAUCUUAGCCAGAGCUAAGAACGGAACCGGCAAGAGCGGUGCCUACCUCAUUCCAUUACUUGAAAGGCUUGACUUAAAGAAGGACAACAUACAAGCAAUGGUGAUAGUUCCCACAAGAGAACUUGCCCUGCAAGUCAGUCAGAUCUGCAUCCAGGUCAGCAAACACAUGGGAGGGGCGAAAGUGAUGGCAACCACAGGAGGAACCAAUCUGCGGGAUGAUAUAAUGAGGCUUGAUGAUACAGUGCAUGUAGUGAUAGCAACCCCAGGAAGGAUUCUGGAUCUCAUCAAAAAAGGGGUAGCAAAAGUCGACCAUAUCCAGAUGAUUGUCCUAGACGAGGCAGACAAGUUACUGUCUCAAGACUUUGUGCAAAUAAUGGAGGACAUUAUACUCACUCUACCGAAAAACAGGCAGAUUUUGUUGUACUCGGCCACUUUCCCUCUAAGUGUGCAGAAGUUUAUGAAUUCCCACUUGCAGAAACCCUACGAGAUUAACUUGAUGGAGGAGCUGACUCUGAAGGGGGUGACCCAGUACUACGCUUACGUAACAGAGCGUCAGAAAGUGCAUUGCCUCAACACACUCUUUUCCAGGCUCCAAAUAAACCAGUCCAUCAUCUUCUGUAACUCCUCCCAACGGGUUGAAUUGUUAGCUAAGAAAAUCUCCCAGCUGGGUUACUCCUGCUUCUACAUUCAUGCAAAGAUGAGACAGGAGCACCGCAAUCGAGUGUUCCAUGAUUUCCGGAAUGGCUUAUGCCGCAACCUUGUUUGCACUGAUCUCUUUACCCGAGGUAUUGAUAUCCAAGCUGUGAAUGUUGUGAUCAAUUUUGAUUUUCCAAAGCUGGCAGAGACAUAUCUCCAUCGCAUUGGCAGAUCAGGUCGAUUUGGCCAUCUAGGCCUAGCCAUCAACUUGAUCACCUAUGACGAUCGUUUCAACCUGAAGAGUAUUGAAGAGCAGCUGGGGACAGAAAUUAAGCCCAUCCCUAGUAACAUUGACAAGAGUCUGUAUGUGGCAGAAUACCACAGCGAGCCUGUAGAAGAUGAUAAACCGUAAUUGCUGCGCUUUGCUUAAACACAAAAGCUAAAGCCCUUUGAUCUGGACAUAUGAAACAUCACUUCUUGGGGGAGGCUUCUCCUCUUUUGAGGGUUUUUCAUCUUUUUCUUUUGGAACAAUUAAAAUUACAGAGCUUUCCCCUCCUUUUAAAAAAAAUUGGCUGUGAAGACAAAAGCAGAAGAUAGGAAGAAAAUACCUUUUGUUUUUCCCACUUGUUUGCACUGUGUGCUGACUGAACAUUAGUUGCACUAACUGCUGGUUUUAAUUUCUUUCUUUGUGAUGGAGUAGAAGAACUCUGAAAUGAGAAGAUUCCCAAACUCCACUUGACUGCAAUUUCAAGUUCACCCACAGCUGCCCGACUCAGUACAUUUCAACUUCUCCCUGGCUCCUCAUCUGUCUUUUGAGCUAAAGAGCUUGUUACUUAUUUGUGCAAAGUGCCUUAUGCUAUGAGACCAUUCAGAAAAUCCCUUUUGGAAACAGCCCAAGGAGUCGUUUUGGUUCAGGUCAAAGUCUCUUUCCCCACCUCUGUUUCCUUCCCCUUCCAGGUGCUGGAAGGUGGCCCUUGUCAGUAGUUUUGUUUGGUUAACUUUCUUUUAAUGGAGGAAUUGAGAUGCAGUUGCUGUUCACCCACUCUGUAAAUAUGUGUAUUUAAGCAAAAUAACCUGGAUCGCCUGGGUUAAUUGAGGGAAACCUCCACACUCUGAGAGGAAAGAGCCACUUGCCAACCAAUCUGCAGCAGGAGCCCCCCAAAACGCCCCCGGGGCUCUCGCAGAACACUACAGACUGCCCUCCGUGAGUCUCCCUUGGGGGACACAGCACUUGCUGUCUCCAAGCCAUGAUGGUUUUUCCUCUCACGUGUUCUGCAGAAAAUUGGAUGUGUAUACUUGUAUAAACUCUGUAAAUAUGUGUUUUUCUGUUAAGGGUUCAUAUAACUUUCUUUUUUCUUUGUUUGGAUGAGGCUUGCUGGCGUUAAAGGGAUUAUAGAGAGAUCUUGACAGCAGCUAAAGGUGAGAGGGGCUCAGUUUUCUGCAACGCUACUCGAUGCCAAGCACUGUUGACUCCAGGCCUCUAGGUAGGCCUGGCUUGCUUUAGGGGUUGCAAUAUUUGGAAAAGAUCUGGGUGUCGGGCAAGGUCCUCUUCCCCUCCCCCCCAAGGGGGAAAAACAACCCUCCAGGGAAGCUGGAUUUGUCGUUUUAUGAGGUUAGAGGAGACCCAAUCACUUCCUUUGUCUCUAAGGCAGAACCAAAAGCGAUUCCAAUGAGGCAAAGCCCUGGUCAGCCCUGGCAGUUUCCGGCGUUAGAACCUCCUGCCAGCUUGUGGUGAUUCUGUUUGAAGCCUGUCUAAUGAGAGAUUCUAGAGCAGGAAAGGCGAGCCCUCUGCUCUUCCCCCCUCGGGGUUGUGCUUCCAUUCCAGUAGUGUUGCUUUAAAGUGUGCCCCUCCCAAUGUGCUUGAUGUUUGGCCUGAUGUGCAGGCAGAAAGAGUGAGACUACUCAACUUGUAAAUGUCUAACGAAUUCCCUGUCAGCUUGCCAGCAGCAGAGUGCCAGGAGGCAUCAGGGCAAGCAUGGGCUCUCUUGGCUCAGAGACAAGAUAGUCGGAGCCCACCCCCUCCCUCCUUCUUGCCCUGACAAGCUAAGCAGUUCUGAGAGAGAGUACCAACUUUUUCCAGCCCUGACCUCAGAGAACUGUGCCUAGAGCCAGGUGCCUCCUGACAACCUUUUGGAAGUGGAACAUGUUUUGUCUAAGUAACCGUAGCAAAAGUUGUAUUAACAGAAAGCUGCUCUGCUGGGAAUUCAACUGAGGCUGAUUCAGAAGAGAAAGUCCUUGGGGUGGGACAGCUUGGGGGAGGGGGCACUUGUGACCCAAAGCAAAACUUUGCUCUUCUGCAGCAGCUGUUCCCAAAGGAGGGGAGAGCAGAGGCAAACAGUGUGCAGCAAUCUUGAAACUUGCGAGAACACGUACAACACCUGAUGUGGUGCAGUGAGUUGAGAUGGCCACUGUCCAGCACGGCCAUUCUCCUCUUGUCACUCUUGAAGCACAGCUUUUUUUAAAGAGAAAGUAUUAUUUCACCUGUGGCCGCCUAGCAGAGCAGCGGCCUCAACCUCUGACCACCAUUUUUGGGUAGCUUUGUUUGGGUCAGAAAGCCACCUGACAAUGGCUCCUCGUCUCUCAAUGGUGAAGAGGGACUUGGCAAGGAAAGAUGCUCCAGAUACUGACCAGGGCCACCCUGGUCUUUUUUUUUUUUUUUUUUAACCCCUUCAUCUGAAAACGGAGGCUGAGAAUUGGAUGUCUUAUGCACAGAGCAGUUGCCAACCGUUUCUCAACUGGUUCAGCCGCUUCUGGAGAAAUUUUGAGAGAACAAACUCCAGGGCCCUUUUGUUGCCUUUGCCCCCUCAGGUGACUCAAUGGUGGGGCAAAACAAGGCUUUGGCAAAAACAUUGGUGGGGUCUUCCCAGGACCCCCUGCACUUAGUAGAAAUGACCCGGGGUGGGGCGGGGCGGGGCGGGUGGGUGGGUUGAGUUUUGCUUUUUUUAAUGAUUACAGAAUGAGAUGGGAGCAUCUUUUCUUAUAGCCUCUGCUUUUGUGUCUGUUGUUAGAGCUGGAUGAGAUCACAGAAACCGGACACCAAAGCAGAUGAGUUUGAUUUGGGCAUCUCAUUCUACUCUUCUUUAUUUUAAGGGUGGGUUUGCUUGCACAGGACUGGCUGUAUCUCACCAAUGGAGAGAGGCCCUGUUGUGUCCAGGAUCCUUUGUGGGUGUGAGUUGUUUCCACCAGUAGUCUGACCUAUGCUGUUGGUGCAAAGCACACCUCUGGAGGCUACUUCUGGGACACAAUCAUCAUUUGUCCCCUGGUAGGAGAUGGAAAGUUCAAUCCAAGUGGUGGUGAUCCACAUGACCUUUGCAAGGGAAUCGCAUGGUAUUCUGUAGGGAGGGAAGGUUGGAGCAGCCGGAGGCGAAAUCUCUCUGCUGCAACUCUACUCCUUAGGCAACAUGCAGGAGUCCUGUGCAAGGGGGAGGGGGAGCGGGAGGGGGAAGGGAGGAUAACACAAAGAUGCAGCCUUGCUGUAUUUUAACCAAGAUGUGGGGGUGGCAAUGUCUGGAAGAAAAUAAGUCAAUUUUCCCUUUCUUGAAACUGGAAAAAUUGGGGAACAUACUUUUUCAUUCAGUUCAAGCAAUGUUGUAUUUCAUUGAUCCUUGGUUCAGUUCAGGCCAUGUCCAGUGCAAACAGUGAGGGCUAGAAUUUGUCAACAAGGGGUGGGUUGGGAGGGGUGGAUUAUUUUUUGUUUGGAACUGGCAAAUGUCCAGAAGAGCUCAGAUUUUGGCACAGCGUAUGUACACAAGUAUAUAAAGGAAGGCUGUGAACCUAUUGUCAAAAGUGCUGAAUUAUAAAAUCCUGACUUAUUUUUAAGAGAAUUGGUUCAAUAAAAGCUCACUGGGACCUGAA